AUGGAUGAAAACGGCGGAAAAGGGGACCCCGAGGGGCAGAUUCAGAAUUCUGCAGACACAGCUCAUGUAUACGGCAGCAGAAGCACUGAUCCCUUGGCCAAGGGCGAGCACACUCUUACUGGUCCUAAUGAGACUAGUCUACACUCCGUAACCGGUACAUCAACACCUACUGCACGCAGGAGUGUUCAGUUUGCCCGGUCAGAGGGUGACAACGAUGUGCAGGGACAAUCUUAUUCCAGGCCAGCUUCCGUACUUACAGCUGAUGAAGAUAUUGCUCCUAAACGUGGGCACUUUCAAUUCAUGUCCAAGCUACGGGCCUUCGCCGCGGCUCCUUCUACUUCUCGAUCAGGUCCGGCUUCUCCUAUAGGCGAGCUAGGUCACAAUAGGACAAUGUCUGACGUCGCAGGCCCGAUCUCUGACCUGACAGAAUUUCGAUUUCCCAGGCCAGAGGAUGGAGGUGGUGGGAGUGACGCGGAUGCAGAUGUUGAAUCUAGCUCCGAAGCAGGCUUUGGCGUGCAAAUGAAGAAAAAGAAGCGCAAGACAAAGAGACUGCCACUCGACCUCUCUCAAACAACUCCGUCUACCCCGAAAUCGACUCUAUCAGCUGCAAAUUCGCUCAACCCAAUUGAUGGUCUCCCAUCGACCAAUGGCCCGCCACUGACCCCGCCGCUUCAUCCUCACCUGCGAGAAGGCGUCUCUGAAGAUGAGGGGAGGGAAAGGUUGAAUCGGGACAACAUGUGGCGGAGAAGAAGCAAUUGGUUACAGAGCACGCGCGGACGAAGCAGUACUGGACAGCGGGCUGACGGACACACUUCCCAGGAUGAGAGGCGCCCAACCAAUCUACGACGUCUCACAGGGUUUGGCGGUGCAUCUGACCAUGGCGACGGUAUCAGCGGAGCCUGGCGUCGGCAUAAAGCUGAACGUGGCUCUAGCCUUAGUGCACAGAAAUGGAAGCAGAUCAAGGCUGGUUUCAAGAUGAUCGGGCAGCGCAAGAAGCCCGAAAAUACAGUCGACCACGUCAAGUCUGCUGAACUGCUCGCUGAGCUGACGUCAGGUGUACCGGCAGCUCUGUUGCUGGCUAGCAUGUUCCAGCGAGAUGAACAUGGAAGUCGGCGCAUUCCUAUCCUUCUUGAGCAACUCAAAGUGCAUGUAACAGAUAGCGAAUUUGACUCACACUCGUCGGGAGACCGCCAUCUUGUUUUUCGCAUAGAGCUCGAAUACGGUAGCGGAAUGACUCGCAUGAAAUGGAUAAUCCAUAGGACACUCAAGGACUUCGCCAAUUUACAUAUAAAAUACAAGCUGCAGAUUGGUACCCAGAGAUACAUCCAACUACGGAGCCAUGAUUCCGGGAACCAGUUGCCGCAUUUCCCAAAGAGUGCGUUUCCCUAUAUGCGAGGUGUACGUGGUCUUGAGAGCGAUAUGGAAGAUGAGGAAGAGGAAGCUGCAGAAGACACUGCCGCGGACGCGACUAGUGGAAAUGAACGAUCAAGGAAGAAGAAACGAAGGUCCUCCAUUGCCCUUGUUAGAAGACGGUCCAGUUUGGCCUCACGGCUCGAAGCUCCGACCAAUUCGGACAGAGCUGUUGAUAGUACCAUAGCGAACAAAAGGGAGACGUAUCCCGAAAAACAGAGGAAGAAGUUGGAGUCUUAUCUACAGAAGAUGAUACGUUUCCUAAUUUUCCGGCCAGAUAGCAACCGCCUCUGCAAGUUUCUCGAGCUCUCUGCUCUUGGUGUUCGUCUUGCAGCCGAAGGAAGUUACCAUGGUAAGGAAGGGUACUUGGUUAUUCAGUCUUCCAAGGGUCUUGAUUUCAGAAAAGCCUUAAGCCCAUCCCUGGUGAAAUCGCGCCAUUCUCCGAAAUGGUUCUUGGUCCGGCAUAGUUACAUUGUCUGCGUUGACUCUCCAGAAGAGAUGCAUAUUUAUGAUGUCUUCCUUAUCGACGCCUAUUUCCAGGUCCAAGCCCAAAAGGUCCGACUUAGGGAUCAGAAUCCAACGGAGCUGAAGGAGUCCGCCAAACACCCCCAACAUCAUACACUGAAAAUCCAGAACUCGGAACGGAGAAUGAGGCUACUUGCGAGGAACGACCGACAACUUCGUCAAUUUGAAGAGUCUAUUCGUUUGGUGCUCGAAACGACGCCCUGGGCUAAACCGAACCGGUUCGACAGCUUUGCUCCGGUACGGCCAAACUGCUUCGCACAAUGGCUGGUAGACGGACGGGAUUACAUGUGGGUAGUCUCAAGAGCGAUAAACCAGGCCAAGGAUGUUAUCUACAUCCACGACUGGUGGCUAAGUCCCGAACUCUACAUGCGACGCCCGGCUGCUAUCAGUCAGAAGUGGCGUCUGGACCGUUUACUGCAACGGAAGGCCCAAGAGGGUGUGAAGAUAUUCGUUAUCAUGUAUCGAAAUAUCAACUCAGCUAUCCCUAUCGAUUCUGAGUAUUCAAAAUUCUCGUUACUAGAUCUACACCCCAAUGUCUUUGUUCAGCGGUCUCCGAACCAGUUCAGACAGAACACAUUCUUCUGGGCCCAUCAUGAGAAACUUUGCAUUGUUGACCACACUUUGGCAUUCGUUGGUGGCAUUGACCUUUGCUUCGGUCGAUGGGAUACGCCACAGCAUCUAAUAACGGACGAUAAACUUACUGGAUUUGAAAUGACAGACUCUCCUAAAGAUGCGGAUCACUGUCAGCUAUGGCCAGGCAAGGACUAUUCAAAUCCGAGAGUUCUGGAUUUCUAUGAUCUGGAUAAGCCGUAUGAAGAGAUGUAUGACCGUGAAGUUGUUCCGCGUAUGGCAUGGCAUGAUAUAUCUAUGCAUGUUGUAGGACAACCGGCACGAGAUCUUACCCGCCACUUCGUCCAAAGAUGGAACUACAUUCUUCGCCAACGUAAACCUACGCGACCAACUCCGUUCCUUUUGCCCCCGCCAGAUUUCAAUCCCGCAGACCUUGAAGCUCUCGGCCUAGAUGGGACGUGUGAGGUUCAAAUGGUGCGCUCAAGUAGUAUGUGGUCUACGGGUACUCCUGAUCUUGUCGAAUGCAGCAUAAUGAAUGCAUACGUUAAGAUGAUUGAAAAGUCAGAUCAUUUCGUCUACAUAGAAAAUCAAUUUUUCAUUAGUAGUUGCGAAAUCGAGGGAAAGAAGAUCGAAAACCACAUCGGCGAUGCACUGGUUGAGAGAAUCAUUCGAGCUGCGAACAACGAAGAGGCAUGGCGUGCUGUUAUUCUAAUUCCCCUUAUGCCCGGGUUCCAGAACACGGUGGACACCGAAGGCGGAACCAGUGUGCGAUUGAUCAUGCAAUGCCAGUAUAGAAGUAUCUGUCGUGGCGAGACUUCGAUUUUCGGCCGUUUGCGUGCUCGUGGCAUUGAACCUGAAGAUUACAUUCAAUUUUUCAGUUUACGGUCGUGGGGAAGAAUUGGACCUAAGAAAAAUCUAGUUACAGAGCAGUUAUACAUACACGCAAAAUGCAUGGUUAUUGAUGACCGAGUUGCCAUAAUUGGUUCCGCGAACAUCAACGAGCGCUCUAUGCUUGGUUCAAGGGACUCAGAGUGUGCAGCUGUCGUUCGAGAUACAGACCUGAUUGAGUCCAGUAUGAAUGGAAAGCCGUACCUGGUAGGGCGUUUCCCACAUACUCUCCGAAUGCGUCUGAUGAGGGAGCAUCUAGGCUUUGAUGUUGAUGAAAUCCUGGAGGAGUACACUUCAGCCCCCGCUGCGGCGAACAUAGACAGCAACCUUGGACACCGGCCGGAUGUCGCAAUUAGAGCUGAACAUAUUCCUGUUGAUAGUGAACAUCAACUUGACAAAGAAGACCUGGAGAGGAGGCAAAAGGUUCAGGAGGAGUUCCUGGCUAGGUCUGAAGAGAUGCAUAGUUUCAAUCAUGAUGUUGACUGGGAACAGGCAGGCAACCCAAACCUCAAGUCAAAUAGGAAACUUACUGCCGAUGCCAGAGUGACAAGGAAUGAAGACCACCGCAAAGACUUAGAGGGCCACGGGGUUGAUCAGAUGAAACGUAACGGUGAGAUUACUGGCACUACUGGUCGUGAUACGUUCCUUGAUAAGAACAGCGUCGAGAUAUUGGUCACUGGCAAGGCCAGGAACAAUCCAACUUUAUCCACAGUGCCAUGCGACAACGUAUCGGAGGCACCAGCGUCUGGUGCACAUACCAGGCAGCCAACUGCUCCUGGCACACCAGAGACCCACCCAAAAAGUGUCUCGAUGUCUAGCCCCCGAAUGACAGGGCAAAGUCGACCAACUACAACCAACGCCACUGAUGAUCACAUACAGCACUUCUCUCUUGACGCCACACAGCCGAAGCAUACCUCACAUUCCUCUUCGGAUGAACCGAGACGGCCCAUUCUUGACAAGGAUUGUAUGAAAGAUCCACUGGUCGACUCAUUUUACUUGGAUACUUGGCAGGCCAUUGCAGAAAAUAACACUAAACUUUUCAGAAGCGUCUUCCGUUGCAUGCCAGAUAGCGAGGUUAAGUCAUGGAAGGACUACAAGGAAUAUACGGCUUAUGCUGAAAGAUUUGCUGACAUGCAAAACAAUCAUCACAAUACCUCAGCUGCUACACAGACAUGCCCUCGUAACGGUCCUUCAGGUGCUAAUAAUGGUACAUCCAAUGGCGGGAAGCUUGGAGCGGAGCUUGGAAAUACGGUUGAGGACGUGAAAGAGAAAUUUACAAAUCAUCCUUCCGAUAAAGACAAGGACCAGCAAGGGAACUUGCAACAGUGGGCAAUGGAUACCAACAAAGCGCAACUUGAACGCCAACAAGAAGAGUUGGCCAAUGUUGAGAAGUUCACUUCUCACACAGACGCCCCCUCGCAUGCUGUCAAUAAUAUUGAUACGAGGUCGUCUAACUCCAGCCGUCAGGCAGAACCUUCUCAGACUGCUGCGGUGCCUGAAAAGAAUAUUGAGCUACCUCGGUCUGCCCAAUCCGAAGCUCCCAUUCCAAGUAUCGGCAUGUCACAGCGACGCAGAAGGAGGGCGACCACCCGCGGUUCAAAGAAAGAAUUCCAUGCGGUGGAUGAUAUCAUGGAUAUGCAUGAAGCAGGCGAAUUGCUUAACUUGGUGCAAGGCCACUUGGUUCUCUGGCCUUAUGAAUGGUUGGAACGUGAGGAACAAGGGGGUAACUGGUUGUAUACACUCGAUCAGAUCUCACCUCUGGAAAUAUAUCAUUACCGUGAAUUUCACAAAUACCCCAACUGA